CGCGAUCCUCCGUUUUUCCAUCAAGCGGCUUGAGGUGUCACUGUUGCAGUUUGGCUUCUCGUGCAAGCCUUGUUGAUAGCAGUUUUCUCGACGUAGCGACCAUCGCAGAGUUUUCACCCGACGGCUUAGCAACCCUUGUCCCUCGUAUCACAAACGCGUCAAAAUGUCGCGUGCCUCCUCUAGCACGGCCAGCAAUGACGAUGCUCUCGAGCUAGAAGCCGCUGGAUACGCCCAGGCCAUGCCGCGACGCUUCUCGCUUUGGUCCCUCGGCGCUUUAUCGUUUACUUUAACCUGUACAUGGCUCGGAACCGGAUCUUCAAUCGGAAUCAGCUUGACUGAGGCAUCUUCCGCAGGGACCUUAUGGUCGUUACCUAUCGCUGGCGUAAUGACUACUAUUGUCUCGUUGGGGAUGGCGGAACUUGCAUCGGCGUAUCCUGUUGCCGGGGCGCAGUACUAUUGGUCUUUUAUGGUUGCGCGGGACGACUACAAACCUUUCGCAUCAUAUCUAAACGGCUGGAUGAGUGUUAUCGGUUGGUGGCUCGCCUCAAGCUCAGUCUCCAACUUCGUCUCAUCUAUGAUCCUCGAUAUCGUCGGCGCAUGGCAUCCAGACUGGGAUCAAAAGCGAUGGCAUCAAUAUUUGAUAUACGUCGCUCUCAUAUGGAUCGCCACAGCCGCCAAUAUCUUCACGGCGCAGUGGAUUCCUCUCUUCAACAAGAUGGUCUUUAUCUUAUCGGUCCUGACUCUCAGCGCGACUACGAUAACACUCUUUGUCGUAACGAAGGAUCGUGCGUCGGCCGAGUUCAUCUUCACCGAUACUACCAACCGGACUGGCUGGUCCAGUGACGGUUUCGCAUUCAUGUUGGCCGUUGGUAAUGCUGUUUAUGCAUUUCUAGGAAGUGAUUGCGGUGCUCAUCUCUGUGAAGAGAUACCCAACCCAGCCAAGAAUGUACCAAAGGUCAUGAUAUAUCCGUUGCUCAUGGGCUUACUAACCGCAUUCCCUUUUGCAACGUCUCUCAUGUAUGCGAUCUCUGAUGUGCCAGCCGUACUCAACACGACAACUGGGUUGCCGCUGUUUGAGAUAUACUUUCAAGGAACAGGCUCUCGGCCCGCCGCGUCAGUGCUGAUGUCGCUGUUCGCCUUUUGUUUCUUCGCCAAUCUGGUCGCCAAUGCGACAACUUCGUCACGUACGCUCUGGGCCGUUUCGCGUGACGGUGCCUUGCCAUACUCACAGUUUUGGGGCCGCGUUCAUUCAAGGUUCCAAGUUCCUGUCAACGCACUCCUUCUUUCUGCUGUUUUCAUUACUCUAUACGGUCUCAUUUUCCUCGGUUCUUCAACCGCAUUUUCUGCCAUGGUCAGCGCGGCCAUUAUCUUUCUCCAAACUUCCUGCGUCAUUCCCCAAGCUGUUCUCCUUUACCGAGGGCGUGAUCGUGUCUUGCCACUUCGGUAUUUCAGUCUCGGUAGAUACGGCGCUGCCAUCAACGGCAUCUCAGUCGCAUGGGUAGUAUUUCUCGAUAUCCUGUACUGUUUCCCGACUACCAUGCCUGUCACGCCUGAGAACAUGAGCUAUGUCUCCGUCGUCUUCACCGGAUUAGUAGCUUUUGUCAUAGCCCUCUGGUUCACAACCAAAAAGGGAACCUUCACAGGGCCUCAGAUCAACAUUGAUCUUCUGAACGCUCGACGAAUGGCGGCUGUUCAGACGUUGGAGGGCACUCGACCGACGGCUGAAUACCAUGCUCUUCGAAGUUCAGAGACCGUGAAGGAGGACUAGGCUGCACGGUAACAUUUACUCGUAUCGUGGGCUUCCAUGAACAACGGCUGACCGAAUGUUGAAGGCUAUGAUUUUACGCUGGCGACACACGUGUAUCGUCUUAUUGGCUCAAGGUCCAUAAGUGCCAUUAUAUAUCUAUUCAAUACGAGGUUAAAUGCAGCUCUGAGGAUCAUUCUUCAUCAACUAGUCUGCGGCUGAAUAGAAGCUUACUUCCGAUACAACGUAGCAUACCAAAGAAAACUCGCACUGCCUUCCCAACCAGGAAAUCUCCGAUCCUAGUGGGGUCACAACAGUAGCAUUGUUCUUUUCACACCGCAAAAAACACUUCAACUCUCCACAUCGUGAAAGAAUUCUCCGGGCCCUCGGCGUCAGCCUUAGGCCUCAUAGGG